GAACGAGGAAAACUAGAGUUUGGUUUGCAUCCCUGUUGUGGCUGCCUGCGCUAGACGUUUUCCGGCUAACCUACGCGGCCUAGGUGGAGAAGUUGAGGUCCUCGAGCCGCUUCGACAGACAAGCCGCAGUCCUGCGCCGGAACGUCAGGAGACCUAAGGGUGAAAAGUCUCCGAGGCUUGGGUAGAAUCACCUGAGGAGCUCGGACUGCGGGGUCUCCUCUCGCCUCGUCUUGCCUUCCCCAUAGGGAAAGGGAGAGUCAGCCGAGCUGUGAACUGAGAGUGUUUUGGGGCCUCUGUCUUUUGCAAUGGAUGGUUGUGAGAGUUGGACCAUAAAGAAGGCUUAGCAGUCGAAGAAUUGAUGCUUUUGAACUGUGCUGAUGGAGAAGACUCUUGAGAGUCCCUUGAACAGCAGAGAGAUCAAAUCAGUUAAUCCUAAAGGAAAUCAGUCCUGAAUAUUCAUUGGAAGGACUGAUGCUAAAGCUGAAGCUCUAAUACUUUGGCUACCUGAUGCGAAAAACUGAAUCACGGAAAAAGACCCUGAUGCUGGGAAAGAUUGAGAUGGCUGGAUGGCAUCACCAACUCAAUGAACAUGAAUUUGAGCAAGCUCCGGGAGAUGGUGAAGGACGGAGAAGCCUGGUGUGCUACAGUUCAUGGGGUCACAAAGAGUUGGACAUGACUGAGUGACUGAACAACAAAUGACCAAAACAUGAAUGGAAAGUACAGAGGCAGAGGAUUUGGACAAGGAAGAUUUCAAAGCUGGAAACGUGGAAGAGGUGGUGGGGGCUUCUCAGGAAAAUGGAGAGAAAGAGAACACAGACCUGACCUAAAUAAAGCCACAGGAAAACAUCCUGAACAAACCCCACGGUCUUUGCUACUGCAGUCAACAUUGGAUCAGUUCAUACCAUAUAAAGGCUGGAAGCUUUAUUUCUCUGAAGUUUACAGUGACAGCAUUCCUUUUAUUAAGAAGAUUGAAGCAUUUGAAAAUUUUUUCACAGAGCGUAUUGAGUUAUAUGAUAAGGAUGAAAUAGAAAGAAAGGGAAGUAUUUUGGUGGAUUUUAAAGAACUGACAAAUGAUGCUGAAAUAACUAAACUGAUACCAAAUAUAGCAGAUGAAUUAAGGGACACACCUGAGAAAACCCUGGCUUGCAUGGGUCUGGCAAUACAUCAGGUAUUAACUAAGGACCUCGAAAGGCAUGCAGCUGAGUUACAAGCCCAAGAAGGAUUGUCUCGAAAUGGGGAAACAGUGGUUAAUGUACCACACAUUCAUGCAAGGGUAUAUAAUUAUGAGCCGCUGACACAGUUGAAGAAUGUCCGAGCAAAUUACUAUGGAAAAUACAUUGCUCUGAGAGGAACAGUGGUUCGAGUCAGUAAUAUAAAGCCUCUUUGUACCAAGAUGGCUUUUCUUUGUGCUGCAUGUGGAGAAAUUCAGAGUUUUUCUCUUCCAGAUGGAAAAUAUAAUCUUCCCACAAAGUGUCCUGUACCAGCAUGUCGAGGGAAGUCAUUUACGGCUCUUCGUAGCUCUCCUCUCACAGUUACAAUGGACUGGCAGUCAAUCAAAAUACAGGAGUUGAUGUCUGAUGAUCAGCGAGAAGCAGGUCGGAUUCCACGAACAAUAGAAUGUGAGCUUGUUCAUGAUCUCGUGGAUAGUUGUGUCCCGGGAGACACAGUGACUAUCACCGGAGUUGUCAAAGUCUCCAAUGCUGAGGAAGGUUCUCGAAAUAAGAAUGACAAAUGCAUGUUCCUUUUGUACAUUGAAGCAAAUUCUGUUAGUAAUAACAAAGGACAGAAAACAAAGGCUUCCGAGGAUGGAUGUAAGCAUGGAGCGUUGAUGGAGUUCUCACUUAAAGACCUUUAUGCCAUUCAGGAGAUUCAGUCUGAAGAAAACCUGUUUAAACUCAUUGUCAACUCGCUUUGCCCUGUCAUUUUUGGUCAUGAACUUGUUAAAGCAGGUUUGAUAUUAGCGCUCUUUGGAGGAAGCCAGAAAUAUGCAGAUGACAAAAAUAGAAUUCCGAUUCGAGGAGACCCCCAUGUCCUUGUUGUUGGAGACCCAGGCUUGGGAAAAAGUCAGAUGCUACAGGCAGUAUGCAGUGUUGCUCCACGUGGCGUGUAUGUUUGUGGUAAUACCACAACCACCUCUGGUUUGACUGUAACUCUUUCAAAAGAUAGUUCUUCUGGAGAUUUUGCUUUGGAAGCUGGUGCCCUAGUACUUGGUGAUCAAGGUAUCUGUGGAAUAGAUGAAUUUGAUAAAAUGGGGAAUCAACAUCAAGCCUUGUUAGAAGCCAUGGAACAGCAGAGUAUUAGUCUUGCUAAGGCUGGCAUGGUUUGUAGCCUCCCUGCAAGAACUUCCAUCAUUGCUGCUGCAAAUCCAGUUGGAGGACACUACAAUAAAGCCAAAACAGUUUCUGAGAAUUUAAAAAUGGGGAGUGCCCUACUAUCCAGAUUUGAUCUGGUCUUUAUCCUGUUAGACACUCCAAAUGAAGAUCAUGAUCAUUUACUCUCUGAACAUGUGAUUGCAAUAAGGGCUGGAAAGCAGAGAGCUGUUAACAGUGCCACAGUAGCUCGUAUGAAUAGUCAGGAUUCAAAUACUUCUAUACUUGAAGUGGUUUCUGAUAAGCCACUAUCAGAAAGACUAAAGGUGGUUCCUGGAGAAACAAUAGAUCCAAUUCCCCACCAGUUAUUGAGAAAGUACAUUGGCUACUCUCGGCAGUAUGUCUAUCCAAGGCUAUCCACAGAAGCUGCUCAAAUUCUUCAGGAUUUUUACCUUGAGCUCCGGAAACAGAGCCAGCGGUUAAAUAGCUCACCAAUCACUACUAGGCAGCUGGAAUCUUUGAUUCGUCUAACAGAGGCACGAGCAAGGUUGGAAUUGAGAGAGGAAGCAACUAAACAAGAUGCUGAGGACAUAGUUGAAAUCAUGAAAUACAGCAUGUUAGGAACUUACUCUGAUGAAUUUGGGAACCUAGAUUUUGAACGAUCCCAGCAUGGUUCUGGAAUGAGCAACAGAUCAGCAGCAAAAAGAUUUAUUUCUGCUCUCAACAAUACUGCUGAAAGAACUUACAAUAAUUUAUUUCAGUUUCAUCAACUUCAGCAGAUUGCCAAAGAGUUAAAUAUUCAGGUUGCUGAUUUUGAAAAUUUUAUUGGAUCACUAAAUGACCAAGGUUAUCUCUUGAAAAAAGGCCCAAAGGUUUACCAACUUCAAACUAUAUAAAAGGACUACCAAGCCAGGAUCUCCUGGGUUUGUUAUGAAGAAUAUGCAAAAAAAAAAAAAAAAAACCUGUUCUCUGAAAAUGGCACCCCAAAUGUAAUAGGAAAAGAGAGUUGAACUAAUUUAAGAAGUGAUAAAAUCAUGUGCUAAUUUUUUACUUCUCCAGAAGACUAAAAAUAUUUUACAUUUUAUCUAAAUGAUGUAAUUAGAAGUUAUUUAUAGUUUUGUUUUUGACCUUUCUUUUAUUCUUAUAAAUAUUUCAUGGUUGUGCAUGUCAAAUGUCCAUCUGGGUAAACAGUCACAAGGUUACAUUUAAAUGUUUAAAUAGUUCUGACACACAAAAUUGAGCAUCUUUUAGAAAUAAAUUGAAACCAACUUUCAAUUCCCCCAAAUUUUGGAAAUAUUAUAUAUUGACUUUUUAAAAUUUAAAUUUUUUUCUUUAUCCUUUUUUAUUAGCUGUGCCGUGCAGCUCACAGGACCUUUGUUCGCUGACCAGGGAUUGAACCUGGACCCUUGGCAGUGAAAGCAUGGAGUCCUGACUAUUUGGGCUGCCAGGGAAUUCCCUUACUUUAUUUACUGACUUUGAUUUAUAACAUGAUAUAAGCUUCAUGUGUAACUAGACUUCCGUAUAUACUAUUUCCUGCUCACCUAAAGCCUAGUGUCCAUCCAUAUAUUGACAUAUUAAGCUUAACAUCGUAGCUAAUGAAAAAAAUUUAAAUAGCUGUGCAAGACUGUAGCAGCCUCUGUUCCACUCUUCCACAUGCCCUAAUUUUCUGUUCAGUUUCAAUUGUUCUCCCAUUUACCUCCGUUUUUCUAAAGGACAUGCUACUAAUGCUAAUUAUUUUUUUUCUUAAAGUAUACUUGAUUUAUAAUACUGUGUUUCAGGUGUACACCAAAGUGAUUUGGUUAUGCAUAUAUAUGUGUAUAUUAUAUUCUUUUUUCUAUUCUUUUCCAUUAUAGUGUAUUAUAACAUACUGAAUAUAGUUCCCUAUGCUAUACAGUAAAUUCUUGUUAUCUAUCAAUAGUAAUGCUCAUUCUUGAGUUUUCAGUUUCAAAAAUUAUACUGACUUUUUACCUACCU